GCGAAGGCUUUUAUCUCUGAACACAGCGUGAGCCGCUAAUGCUAAAGCUAAUGGUAGCGCAGUGUUGUUAGUGAUGAGGUUCAGCUCAGGCACAGUUCAGGGGCUGUGGGUUCUUCUGUACAGCAUCAGGAUCAGGGUAAAUCAGAUACACACCUCCGAUCGGACCUCUAUCUGAUGUACUGCAGGGCGGAGCGGGUCCUCAGCAGGUUCUGAUCAGACACUCGGGAGAAAUGAUCCACUCCUGAGAGAUUGACAUCUGCACGCGCUGCUGCUGCUCUGUGCCUCUCUAGUGAAAGUGAACGAGCUUUAGAUUAUACUGAGGUCACGGAUCUUCUCGCAGCUGUUCAUGUGAACAUCAUUACAGAACAAUGGCGUUUAGGAGAGGGAGGAGUAUCCGAGACUUGUACGAGCAGCGUUUUCAUCCAGACAGAGCCGCUCCUUACCCAAGAGGAGGAGGAGAGAGGAGAAAUUUUGGACGUCCUGAUGAAGAAUACGUCCGAAACUUUGACUGCGACUCUCCACGCUUUUACCCGAACGGUGGUCCCAGAAACUACCACAAUGAAGACAAAAAGGGUUACCAUAGCGAAAGCCACUACUCCGCCUCUAAUGACUCCAGAGGAGGUCCAGCUAAUCGAAGGCAGGAUAGCUACUCUUAUUACAGAGGACCCAAAGACGAUGGUCACUCUGGACACCAGGUGGAUUUCAGAGGCCGCAGUCGAGCUUCCUCUUCUCCCAAUGCUCGUGUCCAGGGCUCGCACCCUGCUCCCAGAUCCAUGUCGGCACUGGGCUCCAACCCAGGAGAUGACACCUUAAUCCAGGCCAUUAUGAACUUGGAUCGAGGAGAUGAGAGGGAAAGUCUGCGGCGUAAAGCGCCCUUUCCUCCAGUCCAUGACUGCUCUCCUACUCGGCAGGACGUGUCUCCUUCCCACCACAGUCGCUCCGGAUCCAGCAUUAGCAGCCGAAGCUACUCUCCUGACCGGGGAAAGAGCCACACGUACCAGCCUCCACUGGGAAAAAACCGGGACCGGGCCCCGGGGCCCUCUGUCAGCGUGUCUCGAGACGGAUCUCCACAUAGUACCGUGUCAGCUUCUAAAGAGGAAAUGCCAGCGAUAGAACGCCAAGUAGAUGAACCUCUGGCUCCUGCAGAUGAAGCCAUUACCAUUGCAGAUGACUUCCAUGAACGCCGAUCUCAAGCUAUUGCAGCUAAAGCCCGGGAGAUUGAGAAGGUUUACCGCCAAGACUGUGAGACAUUUGGGAUGGUGGUAAAGAUGCUUGUGGCCAAGGACCCAAGUCUGGAGAAGCACCUGCAGAGCCCUCUGAAAGAAAACCUCAGUGAGAUUCGAGAACGAUGUCUUGAGGACCUGCGGCACUUUAUCUCUGAAUUAGAUGAGGUCGUACGUCAACCGGAACCUUCUGUCUGAGGUUCCAGCAACACAUCUGGGAGAAAACCUUCAUCAUGCUCUGAUUGCUCUCUUUCAUACUUUAUACUUUUAUGUGUAAUAGUUUAUAGUUUAAUAGUUUAGUAGAUUAGAUUAUGUGACCUCUCGUUAAUAUUGCAAAGAAAUACUAAUUGUAUUGAUACAGUGUUAUUUCAUAAAACUGGACUAUUUUUUCAACCUAAACCUGUUUUUCUAUCAGUCAGGUGUAAAUAUCACCAAUGCAGGAGUCAGAUUUGGUGUUUUCAACAUUUUAUUGGAGGUUUUUGUUCUUGGAUAUUUCCAGUAUAUUGUUUCUCUUUAUUUCAUUAAAAUUGACUCAUUCUACAUUAUGACUGUUUUUUUGUGAAACAGUUUCAUGAAAAUACUUUUUUACUCUUGAAAUAACUUUGUUUAGAACACCUGAUACACAUCUGUCCAUGUAAUACUGAAAUAUAAAGAAUGCAUAUUCUAAAUAAAUUGUGAAAUGUAAACUCUG